AUGCUCAAGGACCGCUGGGGCUCACGAAGUUUGCGCCUGUCGAAAGAAAAUAUGCGCGCGUUCAAUGCAUGUCACUUGUGUCUGCAGACAGCACAACAGCCUGUAUGCUGUUUCGAAGGACACCUAUACUGCAAAGUAUGCAUUCUUUCUGAUCUUUUGAAGCAGAAAUCGGUUCUCGCCGAGCACGCGAAACGGUGCGAAGACCGUGCUCAGGAAGAGCACAAGGAGGCAGCCGAAGUCCAGGCUAGUGCCGAUGCUGAGCGAGUGGCUACUUUUGAGCGCAACGAGUCACUCAUUGCUCCUGGCAGCAAACGAAAGCAUGAAGAAACGGGUGAUACGCCACGCAAGAGGGCAGAAUCUUCUGAUGCUGCGUCUUCCAUGCCGGCCUUCUGGCUCCCAAACAUGGCACCCCAGGCACACGAUCAAGGCGCAAAGAGUAGCCCAGAGCGAGCCUCUACGACACUAUGCACUGCUGCCAGACCCCACAAGCUUCUGGCUAAGCAUCUUGUCCAAGUCCGCUUCAGCAUUCGCCCAAGGGAUGGCCAGGACCAGACGUUUUGUCCCUGUUGCAAAAAGGAAUACACGAAUGUGUCUCAAACGUAUGUGCUUCGCCCCUGUGGGCAUGUUUUCUGUGCAUCGUGCACCGCGACCCUGGUGACCAAGCCACUCGAAGAGUCAGGAAAAGCUUCCAGCUGCCCCGAAUGCAGUACGAGUAUCCAAGCGCGACGUGACGUGAUUCCGCUCGAGCGCGAAGGAACGGGUUUUGCCAGUGGCGGCAAGUCGGAAGUGCACACCCAGGGCAUUGCCUUUCAAGGCUAA